AUGUGUUACUAUAUAGGAUAUUAUGGAGGCCUGGGCUAUGGCUAUGGUGGCCUAGGCUAUGGCUAUGGCUGUGGCUAUGGCUGUGGCUAUGGUGGCUAUGGUGGCUAUGGUUAUGGCUGUUGCCGCCCACUGUGCUGUAGAAGGUACUGGUCCUGUGGAUUCUACUGA